AUGCAGGUUCAGAGCAUCGUUGCAGAAGUCAUUGGACUCUCUGUUAUCGGACUUUUUACGCUGCCAUCCAUUGUGACAAUCUCGAGAACUCCAUAUCGACGAAAGGGAACCCCAAGUUGGCUUGACGAUAAGGAUGGAAGCACAACUACUGCCAGUGAACAUGAUUUCAACGCAAAUAUCCCAAAGAUAUGCUUGUCUAUCUCCCUUAUAUUAGGCAUUUUCACUUUUGUUCUGAAGACUCUCCAAUCAGGCAGCACCGAGCAUUCCCCUGUGGAAAUAGCAACUGACAUCGUGGGAUGGUUCCUAUUGACGAUACAAGUGUUUGCAGUGUGCUUUACGAAAGAUAAUAUCAUAAGCUACACGCAAGGCAAAUAUACUGCAGCUUCCUGCUUUGCUUUCCUUGGCAUGGCCGUUGUUGAGGAUGAAGAAGCUCUGAGACGUCCAUGGUCAAUUUCCACUGGAUUAUCUAUUGCCCGGAUGGUCACCAUAAUUGCUGUUGCGAUUGCGACGAUGCAAGAUAUUACAAGCACGAGCCUGGUAUCUGUUCCGAUGCGAGCUCAACUAUCAGCGUUGAUAUUCGAAAAGACUAUGCGUCGCAAAGAUGCAAAAGGCGGUUCGGCAUCAUUGGAAAAUAAGGAAGGUGUUCCCUCUGAUGACAUAGACCCAGACAAGACAUCUCAAAAAAUCCUCAAUUUAAUUGGGGUAGACACUGGGAGAAUUUGUGAUUGUGCCAGACAAACAUUCGAGAUCGUUCAGGCCCCUGGCCGAAUUAUCAUAUCUGGAAUUCUGAUGCAGACUAGAGAUAAGAAAGCUGCAAUUAUUGGCGAAGCUCUUCAAGGCUUCCGUCAGAUCAAAUUCUCUGCACUUGAGGAUCGAUGGGAAAGGUCUAUCAUGGCAAUGCGAGAUGUCGAGCUUACAGCAACGUGGGACGUUCUGAUGUCCAGAAUUAUGUUGAUUGCAUGCUGGAUUUUGAACCCACUUAUGACAGCCGCAAUCGCAUUGGGAGUUCAUUCGUAUAUCUGCAGACAGCUAACACCCGCACAAGCAUUCACUGCCAUUGGUGUAUUUCUGCAGCUGGAUCACUGUAUGCAAUCUCUUCCCAACAUAAUAACACAGAUGAUCGCCGCCAACGUGUCUUUACAACGUGUCGAGAGUUUCCUUGAUUCGCCGGAAGUUGGAAACAUUCUUUCCAGCCCAGUUCAGCUACUUGAAACAACGGAUUCCGAUUCACCCGUGAUAGUUUUUGAGGGUGCAAGAUUAAGCUGGCCUAGCGAUGAUGAGUAUGUUGAAGCCGAAAGCGAGCGAUUUAUUCUCCAGGAUAUCAAUAUCUCGUUUCCAGUCAACCAAUUGACGAUUAUUUGUGGAAAAACCGGUUCUGGAAAAAGCUUGUUACUAAAUUCCAUUCUUGGUGAAGCAGAGCUCAUCUCCGGCAAAAUUACGGUGCCGGAAAGACCAUCUGACCAAUAUGACCAUCAUGCAAAUAAAGAUAACUGGAUAAUUCCCCACUCGAUUGCAUUUGUUGCACAGAUUCCCUGGAUUGAAAAUUGUACAAUUAAGGAAAAUGUUCUUUUUGGCCUACCACUAGAUCUGGACCGUUACGAACAAGUCAUAGAAGCUUGUGCCUUGACUAAAGAUCUUGAACUCCUGUCAGACGGACAUGAAACAGAAGUUGGAACUGGUGGAAUCAAUUUAAGUGGUGGCCAGCGAUGGCGAUUAACUUUGGCACGAGCAUUGUAUUCACGUGCUGGGAUUGUCUUGUUAGAUGAUAUAUUCAGUGCUGUCGAUGUUCACGUUGGGCAAUUCAUUCUCAGCAAUGCUCUUGUCGGAGAGCUGAGCGCUGGUCGCACCAUAAUAUUGGCAACUCACCAUUUAUCUUUAUGCAAAUCGUACGUUAAGUCUAUUGUAGAGCUCGAAGAUGGUAUUGCCAAACAGUUCUCGAGUGUUCAGGAAUUGGAGGAAUAUCUUGGGGCACCCGUCGAAAGCUUGGACGAUACCGACGAGACUUUAGUCACCACCGAAGAUAUCUUGCAGGAAGGUACCAUCCUCGAUACGCCAGACCUCAGUACUUCGACAAUUAAAAGGACCGAUCCUCUCAAAUUUGUGACGGAUGAGUUUCGCAAGCAAGGAAGUAUUGGAUCUUCAGUGUACUCGAAGUGGCUUAAAUCCUGCGGUGGAUGGACCAUUGGAAUGAUAUUCCUUCUGAUUUAUACUAUAUCCACCUCAUUCAAUCUUGGCCGAACAUACUGGCUUCGAUUCUGGACAAGUACCGAUGGCGAGAACGAACGCAAUUUACAAGCAAGAUCUUAUCACCCGCAGAUAUUCCUAGCCUCUUCUGGAUCAGAUGGCAAUAUUACCACGCUAUCACUCGAAGCAAUAAGUAAACAUAGCACAAACUUCUAUCUCGGAAUAUAUUUUGCACUUUGUGUCGCUGUCAGCAUUUUCCGUAUCUAUGGCUAUAUUUACGCAUACAAGCAAUCUAUUCGAGGAUCCAAGAACCUCUUUCAGACAAUGCUCUUCAAAGUUUUAAGAGCUCCUUUACGUUGGAUAGAUACUGUUCCAUUCGGAAGAGUUAUGAAUAGGUUCACUACUGACUUCAACACGGUUGACUUUGAUAUUGUGGACACACUCACGUGGGGUUUCGGUGACGUCUUCAGGUUAUUCGGCAUAGCGAUUGCAGGAAUGUUCUUGUCACCAUACGUAUUAUUGUUAACAAUUGCCGCAUCUGCAUUUUCUACAUAUCUCGCACUUCAAGCCAUCACUGCAGCAAGAGCAAUCAGACGCUUGGAUUCUAUUAACAGAUCCCUUGUAUUUGAGCAGUUUCGCACUAUCUUGAUUGGCAUCACUACCAUAAGAGCUUUUGAAAAGAGGGAUAAUUAUCUUGAAAAAGUAUACCGUAAAAUUGACGACUCAAGCUCAACACUAUGGAACACAACACUUUGUCACAACUGGCUUGUUUUGAGAAUAGGUGGCAUGGCUUCAGCGGCAUACACAAUGGCCAUCGCAGCGAUUGUGGCCGCUACUGUAACUGAUGCAGGGCUUGCUGGAUUUGUCCUUGCCAUAUCUCUGGAAUUCUCAAGUGCUCUAUUUUGGUCACUUUUUCAUGCAGGUUUCCUCGAAUUACGCAUGAAUGCUGCAGAGCGCGUGAUUGAAUAUGCUGAAAUGCCUACCGAGACUUUAGAUGGCGAGGAGCCGCCCGCAAGUUGGCCAACAGCCGGAUGUUUGGAAGUGAAAAAUUUGGUGGUUGCAUACAACCAUGAUUUGGCACCCGUUUUGAAAGGUUUAACGUUCAAUAUUGAUCGUCAAAUGAGCAAUUUGGAUGCAAACAACGAGUAUGAUGACACGGCUCUCUUUGAUGCUCUUCGCCGAGUUCACCUCAUUGACCCAUCUGUCUCUGGCAUCGAAACCCCAUCCUCGUGCUCAUCCCGAAAUCAAAAUAUCUUCCUUUCGCUCAACAGCUCUAUCUCUGAAGGUGGAUUGAAUCUCUCCCAAGGUCAACGUCAACUAUUGUGCCUCGCACGUGCCAUUAUUCGUCGACCUAAAAUCCUCAUUCUCGACGAGGCUACUUCAUCUGUGGAUGUCCAGACGGAUGCACUUAUUCAGCAAAGCAUUCGUGAGGAAUUUGCAGAUAGCACUCUCUUGGUUAUUGCGCAUAGACUCAGUACGAUAGCUGAUUUUCAGAAGAUCAUGGUGAUGCAUGAUGGAAAAGUGGCGGAGAUGGGAAGUCCGAAGGAGUUAAUCGAUAAGAAGGGUAUGUUUUGGGGGAUGGUGAAGGAGAGUGGAGAGGUGGAUAAACUAGUGAAGAUGAGCAAGGGUUAA